GCGAUCGUAAGGGAUUCAAACCAAGUGAACGUGGUGACGUUACAGGAUGACGAUUUUCGAAGCAAAUUGCCGGGAGAAACUUGAACGCAGCCCGACCUGGAUAGCUGAAUUGUACUUUAGGCGUUCAAUUUAAGCUAUUACAAGUUCACAGGUAAAGUGUGUUGUCCUGAGAAGAACAUGGUGCAAGAGUUUCAUGUUCUCAGGUGCUUUUCGUGCCAGACCUUUCAAGUUCACCAGGUUAAAAAGAGCAAAAAAUGGAAUUGCAAGGUGUGUGGAGAAAAGCAAUCACUCGUAAAGGUGUUCGGACGGGGUUCUGGUGCGGACUGCAGACGUCACGUCCAGAAGCUGAACUCCCUUCGCGGGGAGCUCCAGGAGGCGGAACAUGCGAGGGAUCCGGAGGGUGAGGAGGAAGAACUCCAGGAUGAAGGUGAUGAGGCUCUAACCUGUGAAAAUGAGCUGGUCCAGACCGGACCUGUACCACCCAGGCUGGAACUAGGCGCUGCUGGUGCUGUGAGUCGCUGGAGCAAAUUCCUCAGCCUAUCAGGAGAGGAGGCGGGCCCAGAGGAGGGGGAGGAGCCUGAGGAGAAUGUUUACACGGAGCGGAGGGCCUAUGGCAGCAGCCGACGCGGCCACGCCAGGAACUCUGGGAAGCGCAAGCGGAGCUGGCGAUUCUCGACCCCGCCCGGGGAGUCUGCUUGUCCCGAGAACAGCUGGGCCGACCAAAGUGCAGUUAAGGACCCCUGGAGCCCAGCCAAUCGGAGAACGCAGUGUGAGGGGCAGCGCGACGCACACUCCGGCUCCUGGGCAGCAUCGACAAUUUCCCAUGAUGCCUCGGUCACCGGCAGACCCCCUCCUGCAGCUGAAGCCGCUCCCCCACCUGGGGCCUGCAGAGUUGAGCCUGAGGUCAGGAGCUCCAAGUGGGGCAGGUUUCUGUCUGUGCGACGGGACUAUGAUGAUGAUGAUGAUGAGGAAGAGGCGCCACAGAGAGUCUCUUGGGCAGGUACCUCCAAGGGUAGGACAGGAAGUGAAGAACCGCCGGGUUUACCUUCUGUCCCCAGCCCAGUCUGCACGGGUCGCUUUGAGGAACACCGCCAUUUUGAAGAAGUCCAGGAGGAAGUCCGCUUAACCGACAGUGUGUUUGUGGGAUAUACAGAGAACAGUCCGGAAAGCGAGAUUGUCACCCUCAAGUUUUCUCCCGGUUACCAAUGCAUUCAGAAGGUAGCCAAUAACAGAGAUGGUCUCAGUCACCUUAACUCAGGACUCUCUGCUAAGCCAGCUCCUGUUCGUCCCCAGAACCUGUCAAUCAGCAAGCCACACCCCUCUCUCCACUCCCUUUUCCAGACUGACGAGGACUUUGACGAGACCUUAUAGACCUUUCUGUAUAUUUCUCCCUCCCCUCCCCUGGUCCCAAGAACGUCUGGAUUCCACUCUAUCCUCUCUGUGUAUGUGAUCUUUAAAUAAUGAUCUGUUUGUGUUCGAAAGAAGCGGAGCCAAGGUAGAUAAGCUGGGUCUCCGAAGCGCAGAGUACGUUCUGGUCACCUCGCAUAAACUUCCUGGAUCACGUGCAGAGCUUUGUGUAUCUUGGCAUGAGGAUUUAUAGGGACAUUGGG